GACAGCUGUGCUCUCUGCCACUGGGCUCCACUGAAAACAGCUUCUCCAUGCGAACCAGGAAGUGACCUCUCCAGACAGCAGAACAACUCUUCUUUUCUUAUCUCUGUGUCUGCGAUCUCGUGGGUGGCGCAGACGCUGUUAGGCAGUUGAAUGUGCAUGUGUACUCUGUCUGUUUCCCUCCCUUCCACACGGCCCCGGGCACUGGCAACCCACACUAUGCCACUGCCUGCGACAAAGGAACUUGGUAGCAGGACUGGAGAAAUACCUCUCCUUGAGGCCCAGGAAAGCUGCUGGUGUUCAGAGCAGAUGGGACAGCCAAGCCAAGAGGACCACUACUCAGAUUCAGCAUAAUGCAGAUGGCUUAAAAACACAGCACCAUUACACCACCCCUCCUCCCAGUAUAAAACAAGAAAAAUCUAAUAAUUGAAAGAACAGUAUAAAACCUGCUAUACCUAGCCAGCAAAGGAGUUUGGUAUUUUUAAUGAAGAUAAAAAGCCUUGGAUUUUUAUUUUUAUUGUUGUUGUUUAGUCAUUAACCUGGCAACAGAAACUGCUUAACGGUAUCCCCGUCCUCCAUGUCUCUGGAAGUACUGUGUGUGCUUCUCCAUCCCCCACCCCACCCCACAAAAAAGGCCUUGCUCAGAGACAUGAAACCCGACGAAACCAGAAGUACAAGGUACAGAAUUAGCAGAAGGGGAGACCCCCCAGGAAAUGGCAUCUCUCUCAGACCAAUCGGCUUGUGACAGCUGGAGUUCCCAGAACCUGCUCAGGGGAGGCCAAAGGACCCCCCAACCAGCUAGCCUGGGCUUUGUCCCUUGUCCUGUAACAAACUGGGAAAUGAAAGGAGCAGCAGCCUUCUGUGGGUUUCCACAGAAUAGUCCCCACAGCUGGGCAAAAUGACAUCUUGAUCUUUCAGCAUGAUUCAUCCAAAUUCUGAGUAAUAGCAUAGGGUGGCUUAUUAACUGGGCCUGAUUUUUCCUCACUGCUGCAGCAGGCCUCAAAGACCUGAACAGGAAACUGAAAUGUCUUUAUUAAGGGUGGGGACAUUCCCAAGGAUGGAAGAACCUCCUCCCUUUCAGGCCUUUCCUUAGCUGCAAGACUAUUCCUGCUUCAUCUUUGCAGUACUGAUGAGAAGAUUUAUUCAGCGAGACAGCGGCAGCUUAUCCCCUCCUUUUGUUUCUGACAUCACUGCAGUCUCCAUAGGAACCAGAUGUGAUGUAACUUCUGGAUACUCCGGGGGAAAUCAGAUGGGCUUCUUAGGCCAGAGGAUCCUGUUUCCAUUAACAAAUGGGAGCCAAGAAGAGAAACUCCAGAGGACUGUCUGGUGUGGAUAUGGGGACAUCUGGAGUUCCCCUCUGUAUCUGUCUAGUGUGCAUCGCCAUAGAAUCCUGACAUGCUCAAAUAGAUUCCUCCUGCAUAAAUUGUAUCCAAGCAAAAUCCUGUGUCCAUAUGGAAUAGAGAGGCAUUUAUGCAAUAAAUGCUCUUUAGCUGAUGGCCUAAGCAGGGCGGAAGAAUAAUUACAUAUGCUUGCCCCAUUUAAUCGAGAAAUGCACAGCCUUGUUGUCCAUACUAAACAAGUGUUAACAUGUCUCGCUAGGUGCUCUUUAACCUGAUGUUUUGCAGAUCUUACUCCAGAUGUUCCGGCUAGCAAUGUAGCCUGCUAGGGGUAUGGAUCUACCUUCCCACACCCCCAACGCUCUUCUGUUUCUUUUCAGCCACUGCAAGCAAAUAGAUCAAAGUGGGUCGAGCUAUUUAAUUGGUCGAGGUGCUGCAAGUGCUCAGUAGUGAUUAACCCAGUCAUUGCCACAUUUCCCCCUUUGCAAAUCACUCACUUCACACAACCAGGGACAGCUGCGCUAGGC